AUGGAAUCCAGAAAGAAAAAGCCGCAAUUGCGUAAAACAGUAACGCUGGGAAAUAAUGAACACGGGUUCCCAUUUGCUAAUGAAGCGGAGGCAAUCCUACUUGGUUUCCAACAUUACCUGGUGAUGCUAGGAACAACUGUACUAAUUCCCAGCUCUCUUGUUCCUCAGAUGGGAGGAGGAAAUGAAUUUCUCUUUCCAAAACAUAUGUUAUUACAACUAAAAAGCAAAACAACUGGGAGAUAUUUUUCUCAUAUUCCUUAUCUCUUUCAAUUCCACACAUUGCUCUAUACAUUUGUGCCAACAACCAUUUCAAUCAUUCUGGCAGGUCGCUACAGUGACAUUGUGUGCAACUGCAAGCACCAUAAUCACAACAAUGUGUUCAACUGCAAGCACUCUCCCUCAGCAACCUUGGACCUUCUCAUUCUGCUCCUCGUCCUCUUCUCAGGGGCCUUCCUCCUCUCCUCCUAUUUCUCAUACAUCUUCCAUUCCCUCUCCCUCCUCCUUCCCUCCCUCCCUCUCUCCUACCUCCUCCCCUUCUUCCUCUUUUUCGCCCUUUCCCUUGCCGCCGCCGACUUCUGUUGCGGCCCCCGAUCCCGUCGUUGUCAGCGCUCCGGAUGCAAGGGCCUCAAGAAGGCCAUGGAGUUCGAUUUGCAGAUUCACCGCUUCGGCUCCGCUCCCUCCCCUGAUGCCUCUGCUGAAAUUGACCGCCUGCCCUGGAAGGGCGGCACCGAGGCCAACCACGAUUACGAGUGUCUCUGCUUUGAACUCCGCAAGAUGGCUCCUCCAGUAGUAGAUUAA